AUGAUUAUAUACAUUUUAAGGCCAGCCUACAAUAAGAUCACUGAACUUUGUUAACGGAACUGCGAUAUUAUAGAUUUUAAAUAAAUUUUAAUGUUCAAUAAUUCUCCUCUUAGGUGGAAUUGGAUUUAAGUCAAAAUUUAUUUGCUUUUAUUAUAAUACUUGGAUUUUUGCCUCAAAUUAAAAUUUUAAUCUUAAAUUCAUAUAAAAUUGAAAUUUGUUAUUUUUAAAUGA